AACUGAAUAUUUAGUUAACAGGUGUCUGAAUCGAAGACAGAGCUGGAGUCAGAAAUCAUUGUUUCAAAUUCAUCAAAGUUCUAAGUGUGACAAGGACCCCCUUGAUAAAAUGCAAGGAUGUGUUAAAGACAAGCAAAAUAAAUGUGUUGUGUGUAAUAAGACAUUCUCAAGGGUUGCUUACCUUUCAGUUCAUGAAAAAAUACACACUGGAGAGAAGCCAUUUAAGUGUGCCACAUGUGGCAAGAGCUUUACUCAGAAGGGUUCCCUUUCAACACAUGCAAAAAUACAUACGGGAGAAAAGCCAUAUAAAUGUCCCAUAUGUGAAAAGAGUUUUGCACUUAAGCAUACUCUUUUUUGUCAUGAAAAAGUACACACUGGAGAAAAGCCAUAUAAAUGUUCCAUAUGUGACAAAAUAUUUUCACAGAAGUGUAAUCUUUCAAUGCAUGAGAAGAUACACACUGGAGAGAAGCCACAUAAAUGUAUCACGUGUGGCAAGAGUUUUAGAAGGAAAAGCUACCUUACAGUGCAUUAUAAAUUCCACACUGGAGAUAAACCAUAUAAAUGUUUUAUGUGUGACAAGAGUUUUGUAAACAAGACUGCUCUUGCAAAGCAUGAGAAAAUACACACUGGGGAGAAGCCAUUUGUAUGCACCACAUGUCACAAAAGUUUUACACAAAAGAUUAACCUUACAAUGCAUGAGAGAAUACACACAGGAGAAAAGUUGUAUAAAUGUACAACAUGUGAGAAGACUUUUACAUUCAGGACCACCCUUUUAGUACACAAGAAGAUACACACAGGAGAAAAGUCAUAUAAAUGUGCUGUAUGUAACAAAGAUUUUAGACAUGCUUAUACACUUUCAACUCAUGAGAAAAUACAUACUAGAGAAAAGAGAGGUAGAGAGAAAAAUACUUCCACAAGAAAAACAGUCAAAAGCUUCAGAUAAAAAUGUGUUUUUGUUACUACAAUGGAUCCACAAAUAACACUAUAUAGAUCAAGAAACCUUGUGCUGUUUGGGAAAAGAAGUGACUGAGGAAGUGCAAAAA